AUGGAGCGGCGCGGAAUUUUUAUUGUUUUGGAGGGAACCGACCGGAUUGGCAAAUCAACACAAGCCAAACUGUUGGAGGAUAAGCUGACUCGUCUCUAUGGAACAGAAACACUUUCAGUUCGUUUUCCUGAUCGAAGCACACCCCUGGGUCAAAGUCUAAAUACCUAUCUUAAUGGCAAACUUGAGCUUAAUCCCCACGCAGUUCAUCUGCUGUUUACAGCCAAUAGAUGGGAGCGGGCUGCAGAAAUCAAUCAGGCGCUUGAGUCAGGCCGAUGUGUCGUUGCCGACCGAUAUAGUUACUCGGGCAUUGUCUACACAGCUGCAAAGGAACCAAAUCCACCCAGUUGGGAGUGGUGCAAGAGGGCUGAGGACUGUUUGCCCCAGCCAGACUUAAUAAUAUGCCUUUUGCCCGCCAGUAUGGCGGACCUCGUAAAACGUGGGGGUUUCGGCGAUGAACGUUUCGAAAAUGCUGACUUCCAAUCGCGUGUCAUGCAGAACUAUCGGCGCUUGGCCGAAGAAAUAAACGCUGAAGCUCUUCAAGCUCAGGAAACCAAAAGGAAGCCCAGGUGGGAAUGGGUAAUAGCCAGCGAUAUGACUCCGCAGCAGGUGCAUAAUGCCAUCAGUGAAAUCCUUCAGACCAAGCUGACCCAUUGUUCCCAGCUGCAAAAACAGCCUUCUAGCCAGUAG